AUGACGGCCUACAAAAGAGCCUGUUUCCCUGUCAGAGGUAAAAUUCUAUCGCUGGCACCCUUUGGGGUGUGUGAAUACUGGUCCCUACUGGUCUGUCUGUGGAAGAGGAGGAUGGAGGAGGACAACAAAUACAUGUCCAAACUGUCACCCACUGUGGACUACUGGGCAGGCACGUACCUAGUAGUGAUAGCGGUGCUGUCAGUGCUGGGUAAUGCUGCAGUCCUGCUGACCUCAGCACUGCGGCCGACUCACCUCAAGGCCCCGGAGCUCCUGACAGUCAACCUGGCUGUGACGGACAUCGGCAUGGCUCUCAGCAUGUACCCCCUGUCCAUUGCCUCGCUCUUCAACCACGCCUGGAUCGGAGGGGAUUCCUCCUGCCUCUACUAUGGCCUGAUGGGGAUGAUCUUCAGUACGGCCAGCAUCAUGACCCUGGCUGUCAUGGGUCUGGUACGAUACCUGGUGACAGGAAACCCACCCAAAACAGGCAACAAGUUCCAGCGUCGGACCAUCACCAUGGUGAUCAGUGUGAUCUGGCUGUACUCUGGGCUGUGGGCUGUGUUCCCUCUACUGGGAUGGGGUGGCUACGGACCGGAGCCCUUCGGGGUGGCCUGCUCCGUGGACUGGGCCAGCUACCAAGACUCCCUGAACCGUUCCACCUUCAUCAUAUCUCUGUCUAUCCUCUGCACCUUCAUCCCCUGCCUCGUCAUCCUCUUCUCCUAUUUCGGCAUAGCCUGGAAACUCCACAAGGCCUACCAGGCCAUCCAAAGCAGCGACUUCAACUAUGGACACAUCGAGAGGAAGGUCACUCUGAUGGCGGUGUUGAUCAGCUCUGGGUUCAUCGUAGCCUGGUCUCCCUACGUGGUGCUCAGCUUUUGGAGUAUGUUCCACACCAAGGGGAAGGACAGCCUGGCCCCCGUGGUCUCCCUGCUGCCCUGCCUGUUCGCGAAAGGCUCCACGGCCUACAACCCUUUCAUCUACUACAUCUUCAGACGCUCCUUGAGACGCGAGCUCCGCCAGCUCCAGGUCCUGAUCUGCUGCUCUGCCCAACCAGACUCACCUUCGUGUAGGGAGACAGGAGAGGAGGGCAGGCAGAGUGUAAGGUCUGACUUACUACAGAGCCUUCCGGAUAAUAAGAAUAGAGCUCCCUUGGUGGGGAAGUUGGGAACUGCGGCGCUGGAAAGAGUCUGAGAAAGAGCUCACAAGCUCCUGUUAAAAAAAGUAUUGGAACACGGUCCGUUUGAACAUUGGUCCGUACCCAUCAAAGGGUUAAGACUGUGUGUGUGCGUGUGCGUUAAAGGGUCACAAAUGGAUGGGGUGUGAGUUAAUCAACUGUGUUUCUUCACUGUCAUUCUAGCACACACUACUAGGUCAUCGCCUCGUCCUUGCCACAUCACUAACAAAGUAGCACUUUACUUGAAGUCAACAGACAAAAAUGUAUUAUGAUGCAGUCAUAAGACACAUCACACAUUAUAAUCAUUGUAAUAAGACAUUAUAUGGGCUCAUACACGUUUAUAAAAAGUUGUAAAGCAUUGUGUUUUUUGGCUUGAUGUUAAAGGAACAUCAUGUAGAAUGAAGCCCCCUUACCAAUUAAAUGGUCUGACGGAGAUGUGGACAUACUCGGUAUAAAAAUCCCAAAAGAAAGAAAUGAUCUCACUCCAAUAAAUUUUUAUAGAAAGUUAGCAAAAAUAGAGAAGAUCUUGCUACCAUGGAAAGGAAAAUACCUGUCUAUUUGUGGAAAAAUCACCCUAAUUAACUCUUUAGUCAUAUCACAGUUUACCUAUUUGCUUAUGGUUUUGCCUACACCUAGUGACCUGUUUUUUAAAUUAUAUGAACAAAAAAUAUUCAAUUUUAUUUGGAACGGCAAGCCAGAUAAAAUUAAAAGGGCCUAUUUAUAUAACGAAUAUGAAUUCGGAGGGCAGAAAUUAUUAAAUAUUAAAGCAUUAGACCUCUCACUAAAGGCAUCGGUCAUACAAAAGUUAUACUUAAAUCCAAACUGGUUCUCUAGUAAACUGGUACGAAUGUCUCAUCCUAUGUUCAAGAAGGGCCUUUUUCCCUUUAUUCAGAUUA